UGAUGUCCACAGCCGCACAGCGUAUGGUAGCUAUUUAGGGGAUAAAACGUCAUCGUUUAAUCCGGAAUUUGGUCAACCGUAGUUCCUCUUGCAACACCGACGGGAUUCGAAGUAGGGUUUUUGUUCUCCUCCAUAAUAACGGUAACGGAAGAAAAAAAAAUCCAGAAAUCAGAAGUCCCAUAGAUUUGAUCCCAGGAUCUCUCCUCCUUCAAGGGGAAGAGAAAAGGGGAAAUUUUGGUGAAAUUUUGGUGCUUUGUGCGAGGAGGAAGAACAUAGAUAGAGUUUGCAGCUGCAGGGACUCCAAUGGCGUCGCGUUUCCAGGCGGCGACUCUGGUUGCUUCCCCGUCCUACCCCAAUUCCAUCGCCUGGUCCGACGAGAACCUGAUUGCCGUUGCCUCCGGUCACGUCGUCACCAUUCUGAAUGCAGCAUUGCCUCUUGGACCUCGAGGACUGAUAACUGUUCAUAAAAGUGAACCUUAUCCCAUUGGGGUCGUCAAAGAAGAAGAUUUAUUAUCGGGGCCUCUGUUGUCCACUUGUUUGAGUCGGGAUCCCCUUCCUUGUGUUCGAUCAAUUUCAUGGUCACCUAUUGGAAUGGCUCCUAACUCGGGGUGCUUGCUGGCUGUUUGCACCUUAGAAGGACAUGUAAAGCUUUAUCGUCCCCCAUUUUGUGAUUUCUGUGCUGAGUGGAUAGAGACUUUUGAUAUAACAGACAGGCUUUAUGAUUAUCAUGGAAGCAUAAGUUUCACAAAGCAAGGCAUUCCUUCCUUAGUAAUUUCUGAUGAGCCAGAGGGAAACCACGGUCACAGCGAUGAUCCACCAUACUCUGUUUCAGGAAACGAGCAGAAGCGAAGAAGGGUGAAUCCAUCUGGUGCAACCAGCACAGCUGGAUCAGAGGCUUCUUGGAAUCAAUUAUCAUAUCAUAGAAGAGGCAAGGACAUCAGUGCUGGCCCAAGUGCUUCCUUAGGAACAGAGGGACAAGGGUUGCAUGAGGUACUAAAUGCUACACCUGACGAGCUGAUGGAGAAAAGUUCACAUCAGGCGGCUUCAGCAUCUAAAUCAAAAAGGAAGUCUGCAAACAAGACACCUGAAAAUUGCAACCUACCUUUGAUAAGUAUAGAUCAAUAUGCUUCUCGUAAUGCAAUGCUAGCAUCAAUUGUGGUUUCCUGGUCUCCAAUGCUCAAAUUGUCUUCUAAAAUCUGUCUAAUUCCUGAAGACAACUCUUCCAACUGGUUCUCUCUAUUAGCAGUUGGUACAAAAUCUGGUAAAAUUUCAUUCUGGAGAAUUCAUGCACCACACAGCUAUUCGAUUGAGCAAAGUCAGGUCCCAACCAGUGCAACACUUGUUGGGCUCCUCCAGGCACACAACUCAUGGAUCACAACAAUAAGUUGGGCCUUUCUUACUUCUGAUUCUUCAAAUCCCAUAGUUUUGUUAGCAACUGGGAGUUCUGAUGGAAGCGUAAGGAUCUGGCUAGGACAUGGGAAAGACUUCACAAAGUCAUCAGAAGUUAAUGAUGUUCCAUUUUUCCUGUCACAGGAGAUUGUAAGUGUUAAUUCUGUACCAGUCUCGGUAGUUUCACUUACUGCACCUGCUCAGUCACCCCAAAAUAUACUCUUGGCAAUGGGAAAAGGAUCUGGAGCUUUUGAAGUAUGGAGAGGUGACAUUGAUAGCAGAAAGUUUGAGAAAGCAGCUUCAUAUGAUGCUCAUGACCAAGUUAUUACAGGUUUAGCUUGGGCUUUUGAUGGACAUUGCUUGUACAGCUGCAGUCAGGAUAACUUUGUUCGUAGCUGGAUUUUAUGUGGUAGCUCUCUGUCAGAAGUUCCCAUUCCCCCAAGUGGUCCUGGUCUGAGGAGUUUUAAUGAUCUCCCAGACAUGUUUAUUUCAUGCCUUGGUGUGGCCUUAUCCCCUGGAAAUAUUGCAGUUGCUAUGGUUCGGAGUUUUGAUGUUGAUAAAUUGAAUCAAAUGUACGAAGCAAGGUGAGCAAAUGUGUUUGUUUUUUGAUUGGUUUAUCCAAGUUACAGUCUGUUGAUUGUGUAGAUAAGUGAAUUAAUUGCAUAUAAGUAUAGGACAUGAACGGAUUUUGAUAAUUGGCAAUAAAACAGUUGCACUAAG